AUGUUGCCGAAGGCACCCUAUAAUGCAAGACAUGUUCCAUGCUCUAAGUAUCUGAGUAACACACAAGAGAAUAUUGUGUCCAUAUUAUAUUCAAGCCGUUAUCUGAGAGAUAAUGCUUGCAUCGUUUGCACACUAUUAAUUCAUGAUAAGGACAAUAUGUCGUAUGCGACGUUAGGGGAUACAAGUUUAUGGACAGAUACAAGAGCGCUACUCGACGAAUUUGUGGCAAGUUUGGAAGAUGACAACCUAGACAGCUAUGCAGCUAAUUGUUUGAACGCGGGUUACAAGUAUCCGGGGUAUGAACGACCAGUGUACGCGAGGACGGUGGGCGACAGACUUAUGUGCAGACUCAUGACAGGAGCAUUAUAUUUCAUGAAUGGGUGGGGCCCCGGGUCCUCUAGCGCGGCCCCUACAGACCCUACUAAUGAAGCGUUGAAGGAAUAUAUAAGGUGCGCAAUAGUAAAUGUAUUCAUGUACAUAUUGCUGGAAUCUCCAUGCAGAAGUAGAAUGGGCAUACAUAAUGCAUGGUACACCAUGAAACAGCUGGAAGACGGGCCAGGGCGUGGUUUAAUAACCACAAGUAAAUGUGGGCAGGGAGUGUUUCAAAACAUACAAACACAGAACUUCGACAUGGGAACAGAGAUUAAGGGAUGGUUAGAGAACAACAAAAGCUUGACUCAAAAAUUUGCAGGGCCACGCAUACAACGCAUAUGUACGACAACACUAGAAGACCUUGACGGGGUAAAACCGGGUACAUAUAAAAUGGGUGACCAAAUAGAAAUGCAGCCAGAGGAGAUAGACGCUAUACGUCAGUUAGGCAAGGGAGUGAAGACACUUGUUGAGGAGGUGAAGAAGGGGGUUGAGCAAUGCGAGCGAGAUUAUGGGAAAUGCAUGGAGUCUAUCCAACACGUCUCGAGUAGCGAUCGUGACGAUGAAGCCAGCACGACACCGGCAGUACCACCAACUACGGUACCAGCGGAACCAAAGAAGGCUGUUCCUGAAGAGACAAAACCAGAGACGGGCGUAGGAAAGAAGGCAGCAGAGGCAUCACAUCAGAGAGGAGCCUCGGGAUCCACAACACCAGUAACGGGGACUCCACGGUCAGAAACACCACCGCAAGGAGCAGGUCAGGGACCAGGACCUGGACAACAACCCCCACCUCCAUCACCACCACGGGCAGAACCAACGGACCCUAGUAAGGGACAGAAAGAUGAAGAAAAAGCACGUAAGUGCCCUAAGACACCAGAGGCUUCUACAGUCAAGAAUGCAGGCAAAGGUCUCGCCGGUGCCUCAUCGACUACCACUAUCACUUUUGGAACGAGUUCCGGAGCUGAGGAUGCAUGUGACAAGACGACCAAAGACUCGGGACCAGGUAGUCUCCUGAGUACUGCAAAUACACCGGACACGACAGAUAACGGUGCGGCGGAUUCACCGCAGGCACCCGCCCCCGCACCGGCACCAGCACCUCCUGCAGCACCGGCAGGAGGAGACAGUAGUGGAAAAGAUCAAUCCUCGGGAGGCACCAGUACAGACCAGGUUGCAGACAACAAAGUUAAGUGUACACAGGGGCCUCAGGUAUUUAAGGAAACAAAUACAGGCAUGGGCAUCUCCGGUGCUACAUCAAGCAUCGUCCUUUCCUUCGCACCUACGUCGGAAAACGAUGAUGACUGUGACAAGAAACCUGAUGACACCGGAGCAGGCAGUGUCCUGCGUGAACAUCCAACAGGACAAGAAAGCAAACAACAAAAAAUGCAACCACAAUUUCCGGCGACACAGGGAGAGACACCACGGAGAGAGAGAAACCAAACGUCGAAUGAGAAUGAACGGAAGAGCGAUCGGUCGGCCGCUGGACAUCAAGAUGUUACUCCGGUUACACAACGUACGAACCAGGAAGGAUCAGGGGUGCAACCUGGGCAGGAACCAGUGCCAGCUUCAUCUGGACCCGGUUCUACUGGUGACCAACACCCCGGUUCCUCCGGAUCCGGUUCUACCAGUGCUGGUACUGGAACUACAGAAGGUUCAGGUGCAGCAGGUACAGGUGGCAAUGGCCGGGACACGGGCUCCCAGGGAGAUUUCUCGGGUCUCUCUCUAAAUGACCCUGGCAUCUUCAAGGAUGGUAACCCUGGUGGUGGAAUGGCGCCACCGACCUUAGAUGCGGGAACUUCUAAGAACCCUAUUGAAUACCCCGGCACACCCAGGAAUCCGAAUAGUGGUCCCCAUGCACCCGACCUAACCGGCGAUAUCCUUACCGCCACUACUCCCAUCCUGUUUUUUCUCACUUCCGUCACCGUCGCCCUUCUUGCACCGGCAGGAGGAGACAGUAGUGGAAAAGAUCAAUCCUCGGGAGGCACCAGUACAGACCAGGUUGCAGACAACAAAGUUAAGUGUACACAGGGGCCUCAGGUAUUUAAGGAAACAAAUACAGGCAUGGGCAUCUCCGGUGCUACAUCAAGCAUCGUCCUUUCCUUCGCACCUACGUCGGAAAACGAUGAUGACUGUGACAAGAAACCUGAUGACACCGGAGCAGGCAGUGUCCUGCGUGAACAUCCAACAGGACAAGAAAGCAAACAACAAAAAAUGCAACCACAAUUUCCGGCGACACAGGGAGAGACACCACGGAGAGAGAGAAACCAAACGUCGAAUGAGAAUGAACGGAAGAGCGAUCGGUCGGCCGCUGGACAUCAAGAUGUUACUCCGGUUACACAACGUACGAACCAGGAAGGAUCAGGGGUGCAACCUGGGCAGGAACCAGUGCCAGCUUCAUCUGGACCCGGUUCUACUGGUGACCAACACCCCGGUUCCUCCGGAUCCGGUUCUACCAGUGCUGGUACUGGAACUACAGAAGGUUCAGGUGCAGCAGGUACAGGUGGCAAUGGCCGGGACACGGGCUCCCAGGGAGAUUUCUCGGGUCUCUCUCUAAAUGACCCUGGCAUCUUCAAGGAUGGUAACCCUGGUGGUGGAAUGGCGCCACCGACCUUAGAUGCGGGAACUUCUAAGAACCCUAUUGAAUACCCCGGCACACCCAGGAAUCCGAAUAGUGGUCCCCAUGCACCCGACCUAACCGGCGAUAUCCUUACCGCCACUACUCCCAUCCUGUUUUUUCUCACUUCCGUCACCGUCGCCCUUCUUGGUUAUUCCCUUUGGAAAGCCAAUACACUAGGUACAUCCUCGGGUAAUGUCACAAGCGAAUAUGGCACAGAAGUUGGAACUGCGGCUGCAAGUACAAUUGCAACGACCACCGUAUCGUUGAGUGAUGCAACGGAUGUAGGGAAACGGGGUCAACGUAAUUUUUACGAUGGUCAAUCUACGAGUAGGCGCAUGAAGAACACGGUAUUUGGUAACGUGUGCAAGGGACUGAAGUCCAAGAUGCAGGCGAAUCGAUCAAGGCAGACGAAGAAUAAGCCGCAGGGUGGAACUGCAGGGAGCAGUUGUAGAAGAGGUUUGAAGAAAUGGACACGUUGUAAAAUGGGGAAAAAAGCAUGGUCAAUACUUAUAGUAGUCUCCACAGUCCUGUAUUCAUUCCUUGUGCCCACUAUGCAAGAUUACAUGUCGUAUGGUAGUUAUACAAUAGCAGACUAUUUUUCAGGGCUCGCGAGCAUGCAUGGAAUACCCAUGCUGAUUCCAAUUAUCUAUGCGUGCGUGCUAGUAUGUUUCUGUUGCUCCAAGACAGGGAAAUGUUUAUUUGAUAAAAUGUGGAAGAAGAAGAAGAAGGAGGAAGGUCCCACAGAAACGAAAAACAACGAAGGAGAAGUAAAUAAGAAACCGGAUACACCCGGGAAGCAGAAGGUACCUGGAAAACCAGAAGUACCUAACAAGCAGGAAGCAUCUGGGAUAUUAGAGGUACCUAAGAAACGUGAGACACCGGGGAAAUCAGAUGUACCUCAGAAACAGGAAACACCUAAGAAACCAGAAGUAUCUAACAAAACGGAGGUACCUGGAAAAACAAAAGUGCCAAAGAAACCGGAAGUACCCGGCCAAUCACAAGUACCUCAUAAACCAGAAGUACUCGUGAAACCGCAAUCAUGUGGAAAAUCAGAAGUACCUAAGAAAGCAGAAGUACCUAAGAAAUCGGAAGCACCUGCGAAAAUAAAACUACCCUGGAAACUAAAAUUACCGGGGAAACCAUAA